ACCUUUGGGAUUUCCUGCGACAAAGGAACAUUCCUGAGGAAACUAUAGAGACCAUGUUGAGAGAGAAGAUCGAUACCAGCAUCAUCCAGUUGAUGACAGAUGAACAAUUAAAGAGUUAUUUGCCAUCAUAUGGAGACCGCCUUGCACUGUUAGGUUAUUGUAGGAGAAAGGAAAAUGGAAACCCAAACUGGCGCAAAACAAAGCUUUUUGAGCGCCUUAAAUCAAAACUGCGUAAAAGAAGAAGAACUGCUGAUGAAGAUGGCAGCAGUACAGAACAAGAAGAGCAAUCUGCAACCCCUGUAAAGAAAAAUGCUCUUAAGUCAAAGAGGAAAAUAGAACUAGGCUGGAUGAUCUACGAUGAAGAAAUAGAGGCUUUUAAACAAGUGAGAGCAAAAAGAGGAGGUGGAACAAGGAGGGUAGAUGUAUCAAAAGAUGCAAAGAAAAAUGACAUAAUUCAGAUGGCAAUUGAUCUAUUCUUUCCUAAUGGGAGAAAUAGAGAAGGGUCCUUAGCAGAUUUUGAGGUGGAUCUCAGAGAUUAUCAGGAAGUGGCAGUUGAUGACAACAUUACAGUAGGACAACUUUACAUUGAUACAAAACUCCCGGUUAUCAGGUUUUAUCUGACCACACGUAAAAAGAUGGAAACCCACUCAAACUGUCAAGAUGAAGAGUCUUCACCAUUUGCUCAGGACCACAACAGUUCUCACAGUCAUCCCUCCUCUUCUUCAGCUUUUAAUGAUGCUACAAUCAGUCAGGCUACAGAAUCCGAAACAGUCACUACUGACUUGAUAUUUUUCGAAAAUUCCACAAAUGACGAAAAUAUUGAAUUAACAUUUCAUUCCACAGAGUUCAUGGAUGAGGUGGAGUGUGGGGGAGUUUUCUGA